GACUUCGUGUCUCGUCUCCUCGUUUGUUUCUGCCGUCUCCGGCCCUUGUUCCACCGAAAAGAACAGGAAGGAAAUAAUUCCUCUGAAAAAUAAAAUAAAAUAAAAUCCCUCCCUCCAAUCUUUUCUCUGCACGAUAUCUACUAAGAUGUAACGAUAGGGGAACAAAAAGAGAAGAACAAGAAGCCCCCUUGAUAAUAAAGGUUGGGAACAAAAAGAGCCUCUCAUGGAUCCACCAAAGAGACCCCUCUUCCUUUCCCUCCUCGUCUUCUUUUCCUUCGCCUCCCUCGCCCACGCCACCGGCGUCUUCCAUGUCCGCCACAAAUACCUCCACCGCAAGCGCGCCAUCGCCGAUCUCCGCGCCCAUGACGCCCGCCGCCACGGCCGGAUCCUCUCCGCCAUCGAUCUCCCCAUCGGCGGCGUCGGCCUCCCCACCGACACCGGUCUGUAUUUCGCGGAAAUCGGGAUCGGAACGCCUUCGAAGAACUAUUACGUCCAGGUCGACACCGGAAGCGACAUUCUGUGGGUGAAUUGCGCCACCUGCACCGCCUGCCCCAAGAAGAGCGAUAUCGGGAUAGAAUUGACAUUGUAUGACCCGAAGGGUUCCAAUAGCGCGACUCUGGUGUCGUGCGAUGAUAAUUUCUGCACUUCCAUGUAUGGGGGUGAGAUGCUGGACUGCUCGCCUGAUAAGCCAUGCGAAUACAGGAUCUUGUAUGGCGAUGGGAGUUCAACUGCUGGAUUCUUUGUCAAGGAUUUUGUGCAGUAUAACCAAGUCUCUGGUAAUCACCAAACAACACCAGCCAAUGCAAGUGUUUCAUUUGGGUGUAGUGCACAACAAUCUGGGGAUUUAGAUUCAUCCAGUGAAGCACUUGAUGGGAUUCUUGGUUUUGGGCAGUCAAACUCAUCCAUGAUCUCGCAACUAGCUGCUGCUGGAAAAGUGAGGAAGGUAUUCGCUCAUUGCUUAGAUACGGUAAAAGGAGGCGGAAUUUUUGCUAUAGGAAAUGUUGUGGAACCCAAAGUGAAAACAACACCAUUGAUACCCAAUAUGCCACAUUAUAAUGUCAAUCUCAAGGCAAUUGAGGUUGGUGGGGCUUUUCUACAGCUUCCAACUGAUUUGUUUGAAACUGGAGACAAAAAGGGAACAAUAAUUGAUAGUGGUACAACCUUAGCUUAUCUUCCAGAGGCAGCUUAUAAACAACUCAUGAAUGCGAUUUUCUCAUACAAGUCAAAUUUAAACUUCCGCACCAUUCAGGACUUUUUAUGUUUUGGAUAUACCGGAAGUGUGGAUGAUGGAUUUCCUGAUGUCGUCUUUCAUUUUGAGAACUCACUUUCAUUGAAUGUAUAUCCACAUGAUUAUCUUUUUCAAAAUGAGGAUGAUGUCUAUUGUGUUGGCUGGCAAAAUGGUGGAAUUCAGUCUAAGGAUGGGAAGGAUGUGUUUCUUUUGGGAGAUCUAGUCCUAUCGAACAAGUUAGUUCUGUAUGACCUCGAGGAUCAAGUUAUUGGUUGGACGGAAUACAAUUGUUCCUCAAGCAUCCAAAUAAAAGAUGACGAGACUGGAGCAAUUUAUAUAGUUGAUGCUCACAGAAUAUCUGCAGCUGGCGGAUUGGAGACUUUCUUCACCAGACAAACAAGAAGGUAGAGAAAGAAAAGAACUCUAGACUAUGAAGGCCCUAAAACAAUGAUAAUGCCCAUCUUUGACUCAGUAGGCAUGCUAUUAUCCCUGCAAGCACUGCUGACUCAGCAGUCAGAGCCUCAUCAGAACAUCAAACAGUAUCCAUCUCUUCAGUAUGUUGGUUGCAGAAUUGCAUAUUUCUAGGAACAGGAAGUGGUCUCUUAAACAAGGUGUUGGACGAAGGGAAUGGUGCUUGAUCAUUUGGUUGCAUCCUACAUGGAGAAGUGUUUGUUAUGGGCAUGUGUGCCGUGGAGCAGGAAUGUCUAGCUUUUCUAGGGUGCAAUCUUUUUUGAGGUGAUCAAGUCUUGAAGGCUAGAUGCAGAGAUUCCCUGAGAAGAAAACCUUGUAAACGUCCCAAGCAGUAGCUCCUAUUCAAGUAUCAGAUACUAACGAGCUUUCAUGCAUGUACACUGCAAGAAGAAUGUCUCCAACAGUACUUGAAGAGCAUUCUAUGAACAAUUAUUUGAAAGGGGAAUUUGACAACCUGUCCUUUGUUU